AUGGUCUUCUUACUCCCUUCGACGCCCACAACUCGCUUCGCUCCGGUGUCUGCUACGGCGAGCCUCGCGAGCAGCGCCGCCCUCCGCCUGCACCAGCCUCACGUCCAUGAGCCUGGCGGCCUGAGCGCCUCGUCGCGGGUUGUCCUCCUCGGAGCCUGUGGGAAUGUUGCUCUGGCGGUGCUCAAGACAUGUGUGGGGGCGCUAUCUGGGAGCGCCGUUCUGCUGGCCGAUGGAUACCACAGCACGGGCGACCUGGUCGUCGACGGCGUCUCUUUUCUUGGCGUCCGAGCGCCCGCCUUCGAGCUCGCCUGCACGCUCGGGAUCGCCGCCCUCCUCUCCUCCGCCGGAGCCGCGAUGAUGCUCUCUGCCUGCCAGCCGCUCCUUCUGGCGCUUCCGUGGGCGGGGCCGUCGGCCGGCGCCACUGUCACCACCACGGGCAGGGUGGUGGGCGGCGACCGCCGCAUACCGUCCUACAGCGGGGACUAUCGCUACGCCAGGGAAGACAAGGACGUUGACGUGCAGCUGCUGCUGUUCGAAUCGUUCGGCGGGUUCGGGAGGGGGGUCCGUGAGAUCCUCCGGAAGGCGGCGAACGUGCUACAGAACAAUCUGACGCGGGCCCAAUACCUCGAUGAGGUGACUUGGACCACUAAGAACUGGCUGGGGCUGCAGAAGCAGCGCAUCUCGGUCGUUCUUCACACGGCAAUCGCAGAGCAGAUUGUGAAUGAGCUUGCCUGUGGCGGGGGCGGGCGGGUGCACGGAGCUAAGUGCCUCGCCGCCCUCGCAGGGGUCGCUCAGGCGGCUCCCGUGGUGUACCUGUGUUAG